AUGGAGAUAGACGACUUGACGUGCACCGAAACUGUGGUGGAGGACUUCUCCAACGACGGUUCGCUGCCGUCCGAGAGCGGAAGUCCGGAGGAACAGAAAAACGAAUGGAUCGACGAAGAUGGCGGCGAGAUGCGUGAAGAGAGUCCGCUCGAGGAAGAGGUCGACGAAGAAGUCAUUGAGGUGAGUCUCUCAAGCGGCAGAAUUUUGAAUCCCCCUCACGAUAACAAUUAUUCCCUUGAAGUGGCAAACAACUCCGCGGAAACGACACACCAGCCGGGUGAAUACCAAUUCCAAUUGCUGCCGAAGCACAUAUAUACCAAAGAAGACAAUCGUACAGGAAUGUCAAAGACUUACAAAUGCGACAUCUGCGAACAGAUCUACCGACAUGUAUUUUCUUUAAAACGACAUUUUCUACGCUGUCACAUAAACUACAAGUAUCUGACGAGCACCGAUAUUACGAAUUGCGGCAUCCACAUGCAAGUCAUUCAAGCCGCCCAGAACGAUACCGCUCUAAACGGUGACGACCUGUACAGGUGCCACAUCUGCAAUCAGCUGUUCCCCGAAAGGGACCAACUGCGAACCCACACCGAAUCGCACGCCGGAAAAGACAAGAAAUCCUUCCCAAGUGUGUCCUGUGGAAAAUGUAGCGCGGCGUUCGUUGAUCGCAAAAGUCUACAGCGACACCAAGUUGUGCACAACGGCGCGCCCCAGAACACGAAGAAAGCGGCUCAAACGACAUGUAAAUAUUGUUCGAAAGUGUUCUCCAGCACUGCUGAACUCCGGAGGCACGAACGGCUCCACGAGGCUACAGACACGACUUGUAAGGUCUGCGACCGAUCAUUUGCCCAGUCGGAGUUUGUGAUGCACAAAACCACAAUACACCCCGACACAAAUCAUGUGUGCAGCUACUGCGACGGAAUUUUCGCGGACGUCUCGGCUUUGGGGCAGCAUCUGUUCAACUCGCAUGGGAAGACUUACUCGGAGAACGUUCGUCAAAUCAACAACAGGGUGAGUUGCGUCGACUUCCGCGGUUGUUGCUCGCGCGGUGUACAUAAAGAAGCCCAGGCCGAAGUGGAGCUCCAUCGUUCGUGCUCACUGAAUCCCCACUCUUUCCAGGAAAACGGCAUGGCCAGCGUCAUCAAGGAGGAGGCGGUAGAUUCCGAGACGAAACCGGAGAAGAACGUGGAUACGACGAGCGUGAGCUGCGACAUCUGCAACAAGACUUUCUCCGCGCUGGUGAACUUGCAACGGCACAACACAGUAGUUCAUGUGAAGCAGUUCGACAAGAAAUCGCCACAGGAGAACAAAAUGAAGCUGAAUGGCCACCGUAAUCCGUCAGAGGAAGAGUUCUACCGAACGCUGGCUCAUCGUAUCUCCGAGAAUCUCCAGUAUCACAUCGAUGGCAGAUUACCGGGUUCCAACCAGGCGUCGGCUUUCGAGUCUGAGCGAGUGGAGACGAAUAAUUGCAUGCCGUGGCUCGUGAACAAUUUCCCACCCACGUUGGACAUCACCCACAUCGUCCAGAUUUAUGCAAGCCGUCCGCCUCUCGCGACCAGUAAUCCGUUGCCGACUCGGGUCGACAACUCGCCUCCCACCUCAGGGGAACAAAUCGCGUUGGGAGCGUGUCUGGGCUUGAACCCUGUGAAGAAGGACCCCGUGAAAACCGAGCUCCCCACUUUGUUCAUUUGUCAAGUUUGUGGCUUGAACUGCGGUUCUCAUGCGAACAUUGUGGAGCAUAAGUUCAGAGCACAUCCGAACAUCGUCGCGACACACAUGGAGCUCGAAGGACAUUCCACUGUUCCGGUCGAACUCGCGACGCAGUUCAUUCCGAGCAACAGAGGCGUUCUAAACUCGGCCCCUGCGAGCGGAAACAAGGCUGAAGACGAGAACUUCAUUUGUACGAAAUGCAGCAAGCCCUUCAGUAGUCUCAACGAAUUGCAUCUCCACAUCAUUCAAUGCGGAAGCGGUUAUCUCUCAUCGUUGGGAGGUGGACUCAGGAGCGGUCAACGGCCGCCUUCCCCGAGGCUCAUUAAGCAGCGUAAGUUUGGACCGGUCCUCAACACGAAACGGAGCGAAGACAGCGUGCCCUCUCCAUACAACAGCUCGGAAUACGGCAAAGAUGAUCCGAGACGCAAACGCAAAAUUGACGAUCGCCCCCAGAGGAGGUCCGCGCGAUCGACCUACAGCGGUGGUCCGAGUGAGUGCUCCACCUGCGGCCACAGCUUCCCGUCGCAAGCCUCGCUCCGGAAACACAUGCUCGAUGAAUGUCGCGAGGAGCAAUCUUACCGACGCAAAAAGAGGAAAGAGUCACCGACGGGGACUCCCGAGCCCUCAAAGAUGUCCUCCAUGCAGACGGAAACGUGGGGAGAUGAUUUCCUCGACGGAAAAGUUCCCGAGCAAUUCAAUUGCCGGAGCUGUCCAGCGUCAUUCGCUACUGCUCAACAACAUCGGCGACACAAUUCUCAGUGUGCUCUAGCGUCACGAAGUAAGACCUUGUUGGCUACGAAAAAUGCCAUGCCUAGCGGAGCCUCCUCGUCGGGCUCGUACCGAAGCCAAUUCGAAGAAAUGACGAUGCUGGGUCUGGUGAAACGAGCCGAGAGGGACCGCAACACCGAUGUGCGAGCUCGGAGCCCCGAAGAGAACGACGAAGACGACGAUGAAGACACGAAGGUUUAUAGGUGUCCGACAUGCCACAUGGGUUUUGGGGAUUACGUCAAGAUGCUGCAUCAUUCCAUGAACGAGCACGGAACUCCGAUACCCGAUGCGCAAACCUUCCACCGAGAAUCGACGGGACUACGGAACGGUCACAGUCAAGUCGUAGUUAAGGCUAUCCAUAGAGACGUACCCAUCGAAGUGCGCGAAGAGGUGGUUCACGAGAACGGAAAUGGUGCCGAUAGCUCUGCUCAAAGUACUCAGCCAGCAUCUGUAUAUGACUCUGAAGAUCUUCGAGACAAGGAGAGAAUCGCUGUGGAAGCUCUGUCGGCAAUCUUCGGCAUGGGGAACCACCUGCACAGCAACAACAAUCACGGUAAAAGCGACAACAACAACCAUCACCUGAACAAUAACAACAACAAUAAUAACAACGAGGGGGGCAGCAAAUACGCAUCGAACCGGAACGCCCAACCUCUGAUGGAUCAUCGCUACUGA